AACUUAUGAUGCUUGCCUUGCCAACUCUCUGCUCCGCGGUCUUCGUCAUCAUAGCAACCGCGCCAAGGGGGCCUCGAAGCCAAAUCAAACCCUUCUCUUCGCGGCCUAAGCAACAGGAAGAAGAAAGGCUGUCGAUAGCGGGCGCGACAAUAUAAUUCCUUUUUUCGUUUUCAUCCCCCUCGAUCUCGAAUCGGACGGACGAGUUCUCACUUCGCGAUCCAGAUGUCUGCGGCGGCUAUCACCUGCAGUAGAGGCGCCGCCGCGUUAGGGUUUCGUUGCUGGUCGCUGAUGCGGCUGCCGGCGGCGCAAGUCGGGUGCCCUCGGUCCAAUUUGUCGCUGCUGCAGCGCUUCUCUUCGCAACUCGUCAAGAGCAACGGGAGUAGGGCUUGCCUUAUCGACACGCUCGCUCUGGUCAGGAGGUUGGAGAAGGAAGGGGUCCCGUCGAAGCAAGCGGAGGCCAUCACAUCGACCAUCACGGAGGUUUUGAAUGAGAGCUUGGAGAGCGUCGCCCAGUCCUUUGUGUCCAAGCCCGAGAUGCAGAGGAGUGAGAUGAUUCAAGAUUCUAAUAUCUGGAAAUUCAAGUUGGAAAUGAAGGGCUCGCAGGAUCAUCACUAUGCAUUGCUGCAACGAGAGACUGAAAAACUUCGAGUUGAUAUCGAGAAAAUGCGUAGUGAACUUAGAUAUGAAAUCGACAAGGUAACUGUUGGGCAGCGCUUGGAUCUAAACCUCGAGAGAGAGUAAGGGAUGUUAAUGUCUUUUUGAUAAUGGAAUAUGUGGUGAUAUCUCAGGCUGAAUUAUUGUCCAUAUUUGUUACAGAAAAUACACCUUUUUAAUUUAACAACUAGGUUAACCAUGCUAGUUCAGAUGAAGAGAUCUCGAUUGCAUAAGAAAAUAGUUAAACUUGGUGCUAAAUCUGACUUUUACUGACAAUCCACUAGAUUGUUGUAGGUAACAAAAAACCAGAGUUCAUGUUGAUUUGAAUUCUGAUUUAUCAUCAUGACGUUCUGGUCUGAGUGUUGCUAGAUCACUGUGCUAAUGUUGAUCCAAUGUUUCAUUUGAGUUUGUUCAUUUUUUAUCACCUUUGUUAUGCCUGGAACAAACAAAUAGGACUACCAUCAGUAGCAUCGAUCAAUGAUUAUGUAUGUGCUUAUUGCAAGUAGCUUUCAUUUUUAAUGUACUGUACCGGAUGAAUGUAGUAGCUUUACUUUUAACUUCUUUUUUCUAAUUGUUUAGGUGCAUAUGUGACGAGUUACGUGACGAGUUAGCGAAACAAAGUGCAGAAACCACGGAACUUAUUACCAAACUCGACAGGGAAAUCCUUGCAUUAAGGGCACAGUUAGACGCAGCAAAACACGAUGCCAUAAAGUUGUGCAUUGGUAUUCUUGUUUCUAUGUCGUUCAAAGCAGCAGCCUUUCUUCGACGGUUUCUCUAAUGCAAAAGCAACGCUGUCAACCAGUUAAACACUAGAGUGACAUUAAAAUUCAGAUUUGUCACGAUAUGACAUGAUAAAUAGGAUUUUUGUUUGAAUGAUCGUAAACUGAACUUAAGUGAAA